AUGUCGGUUCUGUUUACUUCCAUCUCCCCGGACAAUCCGGUCAAGAGGGAAGAUGCCAGCGCUCUUCUCAGUCCCCUAGGACUUUCCGUUGAGCAAGAAGACGAAGAAGACUACCAUACUCUCCUGGCGGCGGUCCACGAUUGCGCCGAAACCGUUGCGAGUCUUCCGGACUACCAGCCAGUCCCCGACUUGGAUCGAUACCCUCGGCAAAGCAUACGCCGUCCAUCGCCAGAAGAACAGGUCCUGGGACAGUCAUGGGCUCAUAAAUUCCUGAUCAGAGGCAACCCCGAAGGUGAAUUUCUGGCAGGAAAGACGGUCAGCGUGAAGGACUGCAUAGCCGUGGCGGGGGUGCCACAGCUCCUUGGAAGUGACAUAAUUCCCUCCUGGACCCCAGUCACAGACGCGACUGUUGUUACUCGCGUUCUCGAUGCCGGUGCAGAUAUCCAUGGCACGUCUACCUGUGAGAACUACUGUCAUUCAACAUCGUCCUUCACGAGUGCGCAGGGUAUAGUAGAGAAUCCUUUUGCGGCGGGCUACUCGGCCGGUGGGAGCACCUCAGGAGGUGCAGCCUUGGUUACGGCUGGUAUCGUGGAUAUUACGAUCGGUGGGGACCAAGGUGGCAGUAUUCGGGUCCCCUCAGCGUUAUGCGGCUGUGUUGGGUUGAAGCCUACCUAUGGACUGGUUCCCUUUAGUGGCAUUGCCAGCGGGGACGCCAUUGAUGACCACGCGGGGCCCCUUGCUCGAAACGUUCUCGACGUGGCGUCAUGCCUAGAUGCGAUUGCCGGCUACGAUGGGAUAGACGAUAGGUGCCUGGGAAGCCCCCGACACGGUUCUACCUCCUUUGCGACCUCGGUUCAAGCAGGAACUCAGAGACGACUCGACGGCUUCAAAGUCGGCAUCCUCAAAGAAGGCUUUGACCAUGCUGCUGUAGACCCAGAAGUCAGAAGCACAGUCAUGGCAGCGGUUGAAAAGUUCGCAGAUCUUGGUGCAACAGUCGAGGAAAUCUCAAUUCCAGACCACUACCACGGUCCUGCGAUCUGGACCAUUCAGCAGCGCGUAUCAGGAUCCAUGACACUGCUGGGACAGGCCCAUGGUAGGCGAGGGCUUCAUAUGACCGAGAUGGAGCGCGGGCGUCUUCCGUGGACGAAGGAGGGGUUCCGGAGAGCCUUCCCGUCCACCAAAAACGUUAUUAUUAACGGCCUCUAUCUGACUUCGCGAUUCCCUGACCUAUACGGGAAGACAGUCAACAUCGGUCGGAAGCUGCGGGACCAAUACGAGGAGGUUUUCCAGACGUAUGAUGUCGUUGUUAUGCCUACCACGCCGGUUGUUGCUCCCAGACAUGGUGCCCGGGGACUUCCGGUCGAAUCGCUGAAGCCCAGCAUGGGGCUGACCAUCAACACGGCUGUUUUCAAUGUGACUGGACACCCCGCCAUGUCAAUCCCAGUGGGAUUCGCACCGGCUAAAGAUGACUCCACGGUCAAGCUACCCGUGGGUAUGCAAAUAGUUGGAGGGCUGUGGCAGGAAUCUAAGGUGCUUAGAGCUGGAUUUGCAUGGGAAAAGAACUGCAAUUGGAAGAAUGGCCUUGAUCAUUCUUAAAUAAG